UUCUAAUUAUACAUGACAUUAUCCUAGCUUCUUGACUAAACCAAACACAGUCGAAAUAAUGACAAUUUCCUUUGCUCAAAUCAUCCUCUUCACAAUCACAGCCAUUUUAAUAUUCUCCACCCCUUCAACAGCCCAAGCUGGAAUUCUCUCUCACCCUUUCAAGAAAGUUUACGCCUUUGGCGACGCCGAAACCGACACCGGCAACACAAGGUCAGCCACCGGUCCGACCAUAUUCCGGUUCGUAUCCAACCAUCCUUAUGGCCAGUCAUUUUUCGGCCGACCCACAAACCGAUACUCCGACGGACGUCUCAUGAUUGACUUUUUGGCCGAAGCCCUGUCGUUACCGUACUUGCCGCCGUAUCGCAACAAGACUGCUGAUAAAUCACAUGGAGUGAACUUCGCUUAUGCAGGCAGCACUGCAUUGACACACAGUUUCUUUCUGAGCAAUAAUCUUACACUCAACAUUAUUCCUGUCUCACUUCAGACACAGCUCAGUUGGUUCAACGAGUUUCUUGAAAAGGAAAGGUGUUCAGGCUCGCCAGCAUUGUUCCGGUGUAAGGCAGAAUAUAUAAAUGAUGCACUGUUUUGGGUUGGAGAAAUGGGAGCAAAUGACUAUGCAUAUAGCUACAGAUCUUCUGUGCCAGCCGAAACAAUUCAAGAACUUGCCACCACUCGGGUAAUCGAAUUUGUACAGGCAUUGCUAAAUAAGGGUGCAAAGUAUAUCCUUGUUCAAGGCCUGCACCCCACAGGCUGCCUGACGUUGUCUUUGGCAACGGCUCCUUCAGAUGAUAGAGACAAAAUGGGGUGUGUGGCCAGUGUGAACAACAAAAUCUACACUCACAACACAAUCCUCCAGUCGAAAUUGAAUAAUCUCCAGAUAAAGUUCCCACAAGCCAUCAUUGUAUAUGCAAACUACUGGAAUGCCUUCUAUCAUGUGUUCGAAAAUUCCGAUGAGUAUGGCUUCAACGAGAAAUUCAAAGCCUGUUGUGGAUCCGGGUGCGGAACCUACAAAUUCGAUGCACUUUUUGCAUGCGGCUCGCCUCCCUCGACUGCGUGUAACAACCCUUUCGAGUAUCUGAAUUGGGAUGGUGGACAUCUCACUGAAGCCACGUACAAGGUUUUGGCAGAUUUAUUCAUCAAUGGGGCAUAUUGUGAACCAACUUUCAGUUUUUUACUGAGCAAUAAGAUGCAAUCAGGAUAGAUGGAUCAUAGAUCCCCUUUGUAUCCCCUCCAACAAUAAUAUGAUUGGCAUAGAGUGAGAAUCAAAUCUAUGGUUUGGCAAAAGUUUUCAGAAUAUGCAACUCUAAUA